GCUGGUUCAGCGCCAAGAUGAGAGCCGUGGUGGUGGCCCUCGCCCUGCUCUGCCUGACGGGCACCCAGGCCCGCUCCUUCUGGCAGCAUGACGAGCCCCAGGCGCCCCUGGACCGCCUCAAGGACAUGGUGGAGGUGUACCUGGAGACCGUGAAGGCCAGCGGCAAGGAUGCCAUCUCCCAGUUCGAGUCCUCGGCCGUGGGCAAGCAGCUGGACCUGAAGCUGGCCGAUAACCUGGACACGCUGGGCGCAGCCGCCGCCAAGCUGCGGGAGGACAUGGCCCCCUACUACAAGGAGGUGCGGGAGAUGUGGCUGAAGGACACGGAGGCUCUGCGCCAGGAGCUGACCAAGGACCUGGAGGAGGUGAAGGAGAAGAUCCGUCCCUUCCUGGACCAGUUCUCUGCCAAGUGGACGGAGGAGCUGGAGCAGUACCGGCAGCGCCUGGCGCCCGUGGCGCAGGAGCUGAAGGAGCUCACCAAGCAGAAGGUGGAGCUCAUGCAGGAGAAGCUGACCCCGGUGGCCGAGGAGGCGCGGGACCGCCUGCGCGGGCACGUGGAGGAGCUGCGCAAGAACCUGGCCCCUUACAGCGACGAGCUGCGGCAGAAGCUGAGCCAGAAGCUGGAGGAGAUCCGCGAGAAGGGCAUCCCCCAGGCCGCCGAGUACCAGGCCAAGGUGGUGGAGCAGCUGGGCAACCUCCGCGAGAAGGUGACGCCGCUGCUGCAGGACUUCAAGGAGCGCCUCACCCCCUACGCCGAGAACCUCAAGGCUCGCUUCAUCACCCUCCUGGAUGACCUCCAGAAGAGCGUGGCCUGAGCCGCUGGCCAGGACUGACCCCGCCUGCUCCCUGCCCUGCCCGGUGCGGGAGCCCUGGGACCCCUCCUCGCCCUGCCGCUGCCUCCCCCCCGUCCCCGAACCGGUGUCGGUCUCAGCUUUGCUUCCUUUUGUCAAAUAAACGUCACUUAAGUUA